AUGUCCAUGAUCACUAUUACCACUAGUACUAGUGCACCCCCCUACGCACAGCCUGAACUGGCAUAUCUUAACCACCAGGUCAGCAACUAUUUCCAGUCCGUAGAGAUGCACAAUCAAAGCCUGAACUCUCUGGCUUUGAUUGCCGCGCGUUAUGAAAGCGAUACUGUCGAACUACUGGCGCUAAUGUCUGCGACAUACCUAUACUUUCUAUACCAGGCCUUGGAUCUUCAUGCUAUGCCUCUUGAAUUUAGGUCUCAAGCGCACAAGGACAUAGAUAAUGCAAAUGCGCAGCUUUUUCAGUUGAGCGGCGUGGGCUCCCAGGUAUCGUACAGCCAGGAAAUCAUUUGA